AAAGCUCCCCGGCACGCAGCGAGAGAGGGAGAGGUUAGGAGGCCAUUUGUUUUGCCUUUAUAAUAACAUGCAAAGACAGGCUCAGCUCCAGCUCUAGCAAAUAUCAUUCUCUCCCUCUCUCUCUCUCUCUCUCUCUCUCUCUUCGCUCUCUGGCGUUUUCCUCGUGCGAUCUUUCCCGGCGGUACGACCGGACUCGACCGGUGGGACGGACGGACGGACGGACCCGCCGGGGGGACGCGCGAGCUGUGUGCAUGUCGCUGAUCAGCGCCGGCCUUGGUUCGAAGACGGGACACCGUGCGGAGCAGGAGGAGGAGCGGCGGCCGUGGUCCCCCCCGAUUGGAGCUCCCUUGAGGCGCGCGCGGGGGGCGACCGGGGCGAUGGAGCGGGAAGGCGCGGAUAGCUGCAGCAGCGGGGUGGUGGAUUGGCGCGCGCUGAGCGGCAGGAGCAGGAGGCAGCUGCGGAAGGUUGAUGUCUACAGCGAGGUCCUCCGCCGGCUCCAGGAGGCGGGCCCCGAGGAGGCGUCGCACCCUGGCUUCGAAGGCGAUCUCUUGGCUCAUUUCAAUCGCUUGCCGAUCAGAUAUGCUUUGGAUGUGAAUAUGGACCGGCCAGAAGAUGUUCUUAUGCAUAAAAGGUUGCUUCACAUGGCGCAGAGUCCUGAGACUCGACCAGCAAUUGAAGUCCGCCUUGUGCAGGUCCCUUCUGUUUCCAGUGAUGACUGUGACGACUCUGUUCAUUCAACCUCCCCAAGAAAUGUUGAUGCGCAUUUCUUUUAUUACAAAAGAAGACAAAGUAUCCAUCCAACUCCUGAUUUUGGGUUGUCCUCUAAAAUGGAAGUCAAAGUUGAAGGCACUGAUUUACCUACUCAAAAUUGGGAUAGUCCCAAUUCUGGUUCUCAACAUUCAGUCAUUAGGACUCUGCAUGAAGUGACGAUUUCGACAAAUGACCAGCGGAAAUUUCUCAGCCAGCUGACAUCCUCAAUGUCUGAGAUUGGGCUGAACAUUCAAGAAGCACAUGCCUUCUCCACCAUAGAUGGCUAUUCCUUGGACAUUUUUGCCGUUGAUGGUUGGGAACGGGAGACCGAGGAGCUUAAGGAGAUACUGAAAGAGAAAAUGUUGAUGAUUGAGAAGCAUUCGCAGCAGAAAAGCAAUGGCAGUUCUGACACAGACAAGCAAAAGCAGAAUGGAAUCAAGUCCAACUGUAACAAUGUAAAUGUCUCCAGUGAAGGAAAAGAUGUCUGGGAAAUUGAUGCAAACAUGUUGAGCUUUGGAGAGAAAGUUGCAUCUGGAUCAUAUGGCGAGUUGUAUAAAGGCGUGUUUUUAAGUCAAGAUGUAGCCAUCAAGGUUCUUAGGACUGAGCAUCUAAACAAAGCCGUGCAACGAGAGUUUGCUCAGGAAGUCUACAUAAUGAGGAAAAUUAGGCAUAAGAACAUUGUGCAAUUCAUUGGUGCAUCCACUAGACCUCCAGGACUAUGUAUUGUGACAGAAUACAUGGCUGGUGGAAGUCUAUUUGACUUUCUGCAUAAGCAAAAUGAUGUUCUCAAACUUUCAACUGUUCUGAGACUGGCAAUUGAUAUUUCCAAGGGAAUGAACUACUUGCACAGGAAUAAUAUCGUCCAUCGGGACCUUAAGACUGCUAAUGUUUUGAUGGAUGAAAAUGAGGUGGUUAAGAUUGCUGAUUUUGGUGUUGCUCGAGUUCAAACUCGGUCUGGUGUGAUGACUGCUGAAACUGGAACCUACCGUUGGAUGGCUCCGGAGGUUAUUGAACAUAGACCGUAUGAUCACAAGGUUGAUGUCUUCAGCUUUGGAGUAGUGCUGUGGGAGCUGCUUACAGGAAAGCUUCCUUAUGAAGACUUAACGCCAUUACAAGCAGCAGUCGGUGUGGUGCACAAGGGUCUUCGGCCUACUAUUCCGGAGCAUACUCAUCCAGACCUGGAGAAGCUGCUGAACAGGUGCUGGGAACGAGAGCCAUCCCUGCGACCCGAGUUUUCUGCAGUUGUGGAAACCUUGCAGCAGAUAGCAAAGACAGCACAGGAUUGACCUUCCACUGAUUAUUAGUUGUCCACGACAGCAAGGAAUCAAGGAUCGUCGGGUUCCCAAACCAGAACAAAGGUGAAAUAGGUAAUUGUAAAUAUUUGUAAUGCAAGUGGUCACUGCUAGGUUUUGAUUUCUUUCCAAUUUCGAUCCACGGGGAUGUUGUAUUUGCUUUUGAAAAGGGAAACGAUGGGUUUAUCUAGCCAUAAUCAUAGUGUUGUUUCGAAUAACUUAAAUAGUAGCAUAGGUCACAGCGUUUGAAAAAAGUUCGAUGUUUUGAGACAAUUCUGAAAUCUAGAAGGUUGAGAAGACGAGAGGAUAAA